AUGAGGUUGAUGGCAGCUUCUAUUUCUAGUCCUCUCAGUCCAGGGCCUACAACAAGAAGUAGGGCAGCAGCAGAAACGUCGUCAGGAGGUAACAGCUAUUGUUCUAUUGCCAGUUCGAGCUAUAUGGGUUGGCUGACCAAGUUUUUUAGAGGCUCAACCCACAAUAUCUCGGAAGGGCAGUAUCACAGCAGGCCUGCAGAAGACGCAGCGUGGAACGAACCCUCUAGCUCUCCUGUUGUCACUGACAUCCUUUCAGAGUUUAACAAUGAGGAUAUUGAUCGUGCUAUAGCGCUCUCUCUAUCGGAAGAGGAGCAAAGAAAGGCAAAGACAAUAGAUAAGGAUAUGCAUUUGGAGGAGGAUGAGCAACUUGCAAGAGCUAUCCAGGAAAGUUUGAAUGUCGAAUCACCCCCUCGCAGAAAUGGCAGUGCCAAUGGUGGCACUACAUAUCAUCUGCCUCGCGAAACUGGCCAUGGUGGCAAUGCAUAUCAGCCACCUCGCGAAAAUGGCAGUGCCAAUGGUGGAAAUGCAUAUCACCCAUUACCAUUUAUGUUCUCAUCCGGAUUCAGAGCGUGCGCAGGAUGUCACAGAGAGAUUGGUCAUGGGCGUUUUCUCAGUUGCAUGGGAGCUGUUUGGCAUCCGGAAUGUUUUCGUUGCCAUGCCUGUAGUCAACCGAUAUAUGACUAUGAGUUCUCCAUGUCCGGGAACCAUGCGUACCAUAAAACUUGCUACAAGGAGCAGUUUCACCCAAAAUGUGAUGUCUGCAAGCAAUUUAUUCCUACAAAUAUGAAUGGCCUUAUUGAAUAUAGGGCACAUCCUUUCUGGCUACAAAAAUACUGUCCCUCACAUGAAGUGGAUGGUACUCCGAGGUGCUGUAGUUGUGAAAGAAUGGAGCCAAGGGAAUCAAGAUAUGUAUUACUGGAUGAUGGCCGUAAGCUCUGCCUGGAAUGCCUAGAUUCUGCAGUGAUGGAUACAAACGAGUGCCAGCCUUUGUAUCUUGAAAUUCAGGAAUUUUACGAAGGACUGAAUAUGAAAGUGGAACAGCAGGUUCCUCUGCUUCUGGUAGAGAGACAAGCUUUGAAUGAAGCCAUGGAAGGAGAGAAGGCUGGUCACCACCAUCUUCCAGAAACAAGAGGACUGUGCUUAUCAGAAGAACAGACUGUUAGCACGAUACUGAGGAGACCAAGAAUGGCUGGAAACAAAAUUAUGGGAAUGAUAACAGAGCCAUAUAGGCUGACACGGCGAUGUGAAGUGACUGCAAUUCUCAUUCUGUAUGGUCUCCCAAGAUUGUUGACAGGUUCAAUUUUAGCUCAUGAGAUGAUGCAUGCAUGGUUGCGACUUAAAGGAUACCGGACACUGAGUCCAGACGUAGAAGAGGGCAUUUGCCAAGUUCUUGCUCACCUGUGGAUCGAGUCAGAGAUCAUGGCCGGAUCAGGCAGUAGUGCUGCUUCGUCAUCCUCAGGAUCUUCUUCAUCCACGUCAUCCAAAAAGGGGGGCCGGUCUCAGUUUGAGCACAAGCUUGGGGAUUUUUUCAAGCAUCAGAUCGAGACGGAUACUUCCAUGGCCUACGGAGAGGGUUUCAGAGCCGGGAACCGGGCCGUUCUUCAGUACGGCCUGAAGCGCACCCUGGAGCAUAUCCGGCUAACAGGGACCUUUCCAUUUUGA